CGCAUACCUCAUCUAUUCUGUUGCGGGAGCUUGCCGCGAUCAAGCGCAAAAUACGGGUCAGUGUGUGAUCAAAGAAGUCGGUGAAAAAAAAAAAACAAAAGACAAAGUUAAACAAUAAUGCGAAGCUAUUGCCUCAUCUUUGCCUUGUGCCUCCUUGGAUUAGUGGCUGCUAAAUCUCCGGAGCAAGAUGGUGAUCAGUGGAUCUGGCGAUCUUAUAAUCGCAGGGAGCGCUCCUUUCGCAACAUAGAUCGCAGUUCUCCCAUAAAGAACUCGUAUGACCAGAACUUGAGAAGGGAGCCCACCACCCGCAGACCUCUGCCUGGUGAACCGGAGAACGAUGAGAUCGAGGAUUAUGCGGAUGUGGAUCCCACGAGGACAUCGGAUACUCCCACUGUGGGCACUCGCCAGUUCAAUCCCUAUGGCGGUCAAACGAAUGCAGGACAAUUCGGAGGUGGAGUUGGAGGAGGAGUAGUUGGAGGAGGAGUUGGAGGAGGAUAUGGUGGAAAUCCAGGUGUUUUAGUUGGACCGGGAGGACCCACUGGAAUUAUUGGCAGACCGCAAGUGUAUCCCAAUCCUUACCAACCGGGCUUUGGUGGAUUCUCGGGAGGACAGAACGGAAUUGGUGGAUAUCCAGGAGGAGGCUAUGCAGGAGUGGGACAGGGAUUUCCCGGUUCUAGCCUGGGCACAGGAUUCCCUGGAACAGGGGUGGGCAACGGCUUCAAUGGCUAUGCCAGCAACGGACUUGGUCUCAAUCAAUUUCCCAGCAAUGGACAACAGUUCCCCUAUGGAUCGUAUCCAGGUGGCGACUUCGGUGGCAACCAGUUUGCAGCCCCAGGUGGACAAUUCCCGGGACUAGGACAGUACCCCUCCAAUCAACAGUUUGGAGGACCACAAUACACCGAGGGCUAUGGAUUGGCUGGAGGAUUGGGCCUGGGUCAGCUUGGAGCUGGAAACGGUGGUAUUGGUUAUGGCAAUAGUUUCCCACCUCUAGGAGGAUUUGGUUUUGAUGAGAAAUCACCAGCUGUGGCCGAGGGUAAAAGCGCCAAAAGUGUGGCUGCUGCACCCAGAACGGUGAACGAUAAGCUCAAUAAGAAAGUGUAGGAUUCUCUAUAUUCUCAGCUCAAGAGCACUGCAUUUUGAAAGAUCUGCAAUCAAAUCCCUGAAUCUAUUGUUACCUAAUUAAAAACCUUCUUCUAGCCUUAGUUGUAAAUAGUUACCUUCUCUUAGACAUAGUCCUAGGCUUAGAUUAAACGAAUAAAUUCGAAUGUAUACCCAA